UCCACUAUCCACUUCCAGUACUUCCACUUCUUCUGUGCUGUGUCUAUAAGUUGUAUAUUUAUUUAUACUAUGCCAAAUUGCGCCAUUUAUGGUUGUAAUAACCAUAAUAGAAUGAAUAAAGGAAAUGCCGAAAUAAAGUUUUAUAGAUUCCCUAAAAAUAAAGAUCUCUCAAGAGAAUGGGUUCGAGCUUGUUGCAGAGCAGAAGAUAACAUCAAUCUAAAACAUGCUGCUAUUUGCUCAAAACAUUUCGAAAGUAAAUGUUUUUUCACCAGCCUGAAAUACAGGUUACUGAAUGAAACUCCCCCAAAAAGAUUUAGAAAUUUACGAAGUGAUGCCAUCCCAACUUUAUUCCUCCCUAAAACAACUGCUACUGCUAUUUUGCCGAGAAGUUCUUCAAAUAAUAAUUAUCCUAGCAAACUGUCUGAAUCUGAAAAGAUGCAAGCCGAAAACAAUUUGAGAAAUCGGCCUAUUGUUGCAGAAAUUUUGUCGAACUCAAAUGACAACCCCAGGUUAGGCCAGAUAGGACAUCAAGCAGUGGAGGAAUCCGUUACCAACAAUUUUUCAAAAGAAACGAGUGAGGUAAUCAAGGAAAUGGCAAAUAUGAAAAUGAAAAUUCUGUCAUUAGAAAAAGAAGUGGAGGAUUUGAAAUUAAAAAAUAAAAAACUGAAAAAAGAUAAAUUAUUGUCCGAUUUAAAAGUAUUAAGUAUCGAUAUUGCAUUGAGUAAUCAUUUCACCCCAGGUCAGAUUAAGAAAAUACUUAAUACAAAGGGAAAUUAUUUAUCUAGGGCCUUGGAAGACUUUGGAUCUAAAACUUCUUUGCUUUGAGGAAAAAAGUUGUUACCCUUUGCCUGCUUUAAGUAUGUUGAGAAAAUGGGCAUUAAUCUUAAAAUCAGACCCAUCAUAUUGAGAGAUGUCCGUCUUAUGAAGCAUAAAUCUGUGAUGCUCAGUGAUUUUGAAAAUUUAUGUUGCUUGUCAUGAAAAUGUUGAUGUAAUCUAUAUUUUCAAUAAGUUGACCAAAAGGAGUAGCGGCUGCUUGGAUCAUAUAAAGUGUUUGGUGGUAACUGUAGAGGUUUGUGUUUGGAGUAGAAACAACUGAUUUUUUACAACAACGAUGCACCUAUGACCAAAUAUAUUUUAAUAGAUGUAAUAAACUAAAUUACAUCAUACUGAAUAUGCUAUAGUUUCUAUUACAAGUGGUAUGAGGUAUUGGAAAUGUUUAUUUUUCGGUCAUAAGUGAAUGUUAGUUAUGAAUAAAGUUGUUACUUGAAGGAUUUUGUACAGACUGCAAAAGUUGAAUUUAAAAAAUUACUUACAAAAUAAAUAUGAUUUGAAUGUUAAUAGAAGCAAUCAAACAAGAAACAGUUUAAUCAGCUGGCACAACUUUCCUCAAACUUCUGCAAAAGCGGUGGAUUUAUAUAGUUUGGGAGGUUUUGUAAAUAACAUGAAAUAAAAGGAAACCAGUAAAAUUGUGAAACUUUUAAAUGACCGGUUUGAUAUUUUUUAUGCUCAGAUGAAAUAUGGUACCCAUCUCGGAAUGAAUACAUUUGGUGUUGGCUUGGAAAAGUAAAUAAAAACUACUGACAUAUCUGAAAUGACUAUUGCAAGACCGAUAACUAUUUUACAAAGGAAAGAAAUAAUAAUUACAACUAAUAUAUUCUGAACAACUUUUGUUUUUCCUAUAUUCACUGUAUGGGGGCAGCAAAUUAUCCAACUCGUGGAUAUCAAAUAUAGGUUCAGUAGUACAUUUUUGGUAACCACUCACACUUCACUUCAUGAACAAAAAUACUGAAGAACCCUCUGAACCUUGCCUACUUGACCAUUACAAAUGGAGAAAGUGAAUCCUGUCAUUGGAUAUGAAAUUUGCAUGUCACAUAAAUUUUUUCACUAGACACCACAAUAGACCUUUUUAGUAGUGAUGCGAAAUAAUAGGCAACCCCAUGGUGCACAUUGUCA